GAAGUCUUCAUUCUUUGCUGCUGCCAUCGGGCAAAAGUUUGGGUGGUUAAGCUUAUGCGGUGUUUGGCAAGAUGAAAUCUUCUGAAGUAACUCUUAUUGCUUCGCUGCUCGCAUGCCUUUUGGAUCAAUCAGCUGGUUACCCAGACGGAAAAGUAAACGAAGCCUGCAACACCAUGAUGCCUCUUCAUGGGCAUUUGCCUCAGAAAAAUCCUAAGCACACCAUUGAAGUGAAUGUGACAGAAUUUAAGCCAGGAGAUCAUGUGAAAGUUAGUUUGUCUGGGCCUACAUUUGAAGGCUUUUUUCUACAAGCCCGCAAUGCUGAUUGUUUGGGAGACCCAGCCGUUGGUUCUUUUGCAUUAGCUGAUUGGAGAAGAUCUCAGCUCCUCACUUGUGGGAAUGUAAAGAAUUCAGCUGUUAGUCACACAAGUAAAUCUAAGAAAAACCAUCUGGAUGCUUAUUGGAUUGCUCCUAGAGAUGCACCAAAGAAAAUACAAUUUCUAGUCACAGUUGUACAAAAGUAUAGUAUCUUCUGGGUAAAAAUUCCUGGUCCUACGAUUUCUCAAUCUAAGAUACCUCCUUUGACAACAGUAAUGUCUCCUAACUGGACCGUUCCAACAUCUUUGCCUGUCUCUUAUCUAAGCCAACCAUUCAAUUCUUCAGACUGUGGAGUUCGCAAGUUCUGUGUGAGAAAUCCAACAGACUGUGACCCUAAAGCCAACAAUUGCUUCUUUCUCUCCUUCAAGCAAGAUUAUGACUCCGUAUUGAUUGAAAUGAGCGGUCCCAGUGAAGGCUACGUUGCCUUUGCAUUUUCUCAUGAUCAGUGGAUGGGUGGUGGUGAUGAUGCAUAUCUUUGCAUUAGUGAAGGUCAUUGUGCUGACAUCAGUACAGCUUUCCUGGUUGGGCGAUCUUAUCCAGAAUUUGACUCAAAGAAUGCUUUGGAGAAAAUGUCUUGGAGGCUGGCUGAUGGUCUUAUCCAGUGUUCUUUCAGGAGAAGAAUUCAUCUUCCAGCUUUUACAGGAAGAUUUAAUCUAGAUGCAAAGUACUACAUAUUUCUGGCUGACGGUGAAGUCAGUGAAGGAGGUGCAAUCUACAAACACCACCAACAGCCUCUGAUUACAAAUGGAAAAUACAAUGUUCUGGGUCCAUUAAAAGACAUUGGAGGAUCCCGCUCUCCGUUCCUGAUCAAGAUACAUGGUGCACUGAUGUUUCUUGGAUGGAUAACAACAGUUAGCAUAGGGGUGAUCAUUGCCCGUUUUUUCAAGUCUGUCUGGCCUAAUACUCUACUGCUUGGAGAAGAGGUUUGGUUUCAGGUCCAUCGUACCUUGAUGAUAAUAACAGUAUUGCUCACAAGUGCAUCUUUUGUUCUUCCUUUUGUGUAUCGAAGAGGCUGGAAUAAACAAGCAGGUUUUCACCCCUAUUUUGGCUGCACUGUAAUGGCACUGGCACUUUUUCAGCCUCUCACAGCAGCCUUCAGACCUCCUCCGCAAGUACCAAGAAGGCAGAUUUUCAACUGGUUGCAUUGGAGUGCUGGCACAACUGCUAGAAUAUUAGCUGUGGUAACAAUGUUCCUGGGGAUGGACUUGCCAGCUCUCAACCUUCCAGAUCCAUGGGAUACUUACACAAUGAUUGGAUUUGUAGCUUGGCAUGUUGGCAUUGAUGUGCUUCUGGAGAUACAUGGCUACUGCCUCAUCCGCAAAGUCGAGGUGCUGGAAGAUGACAGGAUACAAAUAUUGCAGUCCAUAACUUCUGCAGAAGCACAGGGCCAUACAUUUAAAAAAGCAGUGUUGUUUAUCUACAUUUGUGGCAAUAUAGCAUUUCUUGUCACCUUCAUUACAGCAGUUGUGCAAGUAUGAUUCUAAAAAAGCUUUGAAUAUUCUAAAGAGCUUAUCACUAGAGAGUUCAAAAUAGCUUCUUGCUGGAUUUCAUAGCUAUCAACGAAACUUGUCUUCAAUCAAGAUGUGAAAACAGUUUUUCAGCACACAGCCACUGAAGAGCAGACUUUGUUGGAGAUUUUGUCUUGGUCCUGAUAAGAAUCUGUCUUGGUCUCCUUCAUAAGCUAACAACUUGCUUUAAUGUCUAUUUGUAUUCUGUAGCUUUAUCUAUUACCUGAAAACUAGAAGGAGGAUCUUACUUUGAGCGAAUGGGCAAUUGCGUGUUCAUUUCUUCAUUUGGAGAUAGCUUCUCAUGUUACAGGAUGUAGAUUUAGCUGAUGUUUUCACAUACAGUAUUGUUUUCUUGUGGUAAAAUGUGGUCUUCCAUGACCAUGUGGCCCACAGCAUGUCAAAACUGGAAGAUGAUCAACAGAGUAUAAUGAUAAAAGAUCUACCUCUUCUGAAUGUGAGCACAUUUAUACAAAAGGUGUGGGACUUGCAUUGCAGUGCUCUGUCCACCAUCUUGCUGAUUUUGAUCCCGCCUACCCCAAGGACAUUGCUGCAUGUGCCUCAUACACUUUGUCUCCCUGCCCUUCCACAUAGGUAAAGCACAGAUACAGAUAGUCACUAUCUCUAUCUGAGAUGAAUCCCAUCUCCCAAAUACAGAAUUUUCACAAGAGGCUCCUUUUUCUUGAACUGGGAUUCAAGAUGUUUGCAUGAGGGAGAAUACUUUUUGAAGUAUUUAUUACAGGAUUUUUAGGUUGAUUGAAAUGUGCUAUGACACUGAACAUUCCAAGAGUGAUGACAAGUGUUCAUUGCUGUUUCUUGACACUUCUAAACACUUGAAUGUGGUUAUAGUCUACCUCUUUCUCUUGAAAGUAACUAGUUAUUAUACAGAUAGUCUUCUUUAGCAUGCAUUUAAUAAAUGAUGGCUUAUAUUGUUGCUAAAGUUAGGAUGAUCCCUAAUUGUGUCCGUCCAUUGGACAACCUUCUGCUACAGUCCCCUGUAUAUGUUCUAUAGGGUUAGAAGACCCUCUAGAGAAGAAGGGGAAUGCAUGCAUGUGAUGCUGCUGCAUUUGGAAAAGUCAGGAAUUAGAUGGAACUGCAUAGGAAAAUAGGCCAAAAACGUUAGUGUGAAAUUCCUGUGUACGUUGUUAAAUGGCAAUGUAGGUCACUAGAUUUCUCUGACUCUGAUCCUAAAGAAGGGUCCAGUAAAAAAAUUAUUCUUUCAACUCAAUCUCUUUGGUGCAGACUGCUUUCAUUACUUACCAUGCUCCAUACAAACAAUGUCCGUGCCCAGCAACACUGUAGUUUUAUAGAUGUAUGUUACAUACCAGUUAUUUAAUAUUUUUAAUUUUAUGAAAAAUUGAAUUCUUGUACAGAUUUUUGAAGGGAAUUUCUUUAUAAAUUAACUUCUAAGAAAUGUUUAACCAGAUAUAUAUCCAAUCAUAUUAAUGUCUGCUACAAAUACAUUUGCUAUCAAAGAGUUUGUUCAUCUGUUAUGUUAAGUACGAAGUGUGAUAUCUCCUCAAAUUCCUAUGACUUAGUAUUUACACAAAGUGUAAUUUUGCUAGAAAUUUUUCUCUAGGCAGAAACAGUACCCAGACAGCAAUGUUACCUAUGAAUCAGUGUCUGAAAACGAAUAAAAAAUAACAUUGAAAUAAUAC